AUGAAAAUUGACCUUAGUUUGGAUUGUUGCCCAUAUUUUUGUCUUACAGAUUCGAGACAAUCUUUUCGAUCGUCGUCUACGGAACGCUUCCUGUCUCCGCCGAUGCCCGGAUUAGUUCCUCGUGUCAGUGGAUCUUUAAGGAGUGGUUUGUCUCUUCAGUCAUACAUUGAAAGAGUCGCUCAACCAACGCCAGUGCCCUGUAUUGCUGGAUUAAUGGAAAAACUUGAUCGGGCGGAAGCGCGUGACCUGAUUUUAUGCACACUUCAUUUGUUGCACUUCUUGCCACGUAAGAUUCUCACUGCAAUAAUAUCGCAUUUUGAAUCGAAUGGCUUAGUGCUUAAUUUUAUUUCGCUGCUUCGUGUUGCCCUGGAUUUCUUCAAAUAUCAUGGAAAGACAUACACAAUACAAGCAACAUCGAAUAAGUAA